GAGAGGAAGGGACAAGACACUGCCCGGAGGCUCCAGGGGGGGCAGAGGGGGAUCCGUGACCCGAGAAACGUGGCCCCGGGACGUGCCCCAGGGCACGGAAACCCUCCUGGAAACCCUCCUGGAAACCCUCCUGCCCGCGGGACGUGUGGAGCAGCGUUUGCUCCGGAAGGAGCUCGGCCCCGCCGGCUCCAGGAGCGGGAUUCAUCCCGGUGGGGUUUUCGGGAGCCCCCAGUGCCCCCCUCCCCUUCCAGUCUUGCGCCAGCGAGCGGGAUUUCGGGAAGAGCUGGCGCGGGGCUGACGUCGCCGGGGUCAUGGCUUUGCCAGCGGUUCUUAUUCCCGGCGUCACCUUCCCGCUGGCGGAUCGAUGACCGCUGGGAAGUGAAGCCCAGGGAGAUGGGAAGGACUGGCGUGGCCUUGGGAGCUCUGUUGUGUGCUGUCGUGGCAUCGCUCCCGGGCACAUCCCUCGCCGGGCAUCCGUCCCUUCCCGUGGCAGCGGUUUGUCCCUGUGCCCCAUCCCAGAGGGAGAUAAAGUAGGUCAGGCGCUGGCUCCGGGCUCCGGGAGCGGAUCCCGGCGGGAGGACGCCCUUGGAGGGUCCCGAAGUGCUGCGGAGCUGGAGAACCCCCGGGAGCCGUGUCCUGGCAGCCCCCCACGCAUCCCAGAGGCACCAUGAUCCCCGGCGCGGGCCCCCGGAGCUGCUGCCUGCUCCUGCUGCUCUGCCUCCUUCCCUGCCCGCGGGUCCGGGCGGGCAGGGACAGCCCGGGAGUCUCCGCAGCCUCCUUCCUGCAGGAUCUGCUCCAGCGCUACGGAGAGAGCCAGACCUUGAGCCUCAAGCAGCUCAAGGCCCUGCUGAACCGCCUGGAUGUGGGAGUGGGACACGCCAACGUCUCCCAGUCACCGCAGCAGCGCCUGAACCUCUCCCGGUGCUUCAGCUCCGUGGAGCUUUUUGCCAUCCACAACCUGAGCGAGGGCUCUGCCGUGGGGCACAGGGAGUUCAAGGAGUUCUGCCCCACCAUCCUGCAGCAGCUGGAGUCGGGGGCGUGCGCCUCUGAAAACCUGGAAAAUGAGGAAAACGAGCAGACGGAGGAGGGCAGACCCAGCUCGGCUGAAGUCUGGGGUUACGGUUUCCUCUGCGUGUCCGUCAUCUCCCUGUGCUCGCUGGUGGGAGCCAGCGUGGUGCCCUUCAUGAAGAAGACCUUUUACAAGCGGCUGCUCCUCUACUUCAUAGCUCUGGCGAUUGGAACUCUCUACUCCAACGCCCUCUUCCAGCUCAUUCCCGAGGCGUUUGGAUUCAACCCUCAGGAAGAUUAUUACGUUUCCAAAUCCGCCGUGGUGUUCGGGGGCUUCUACCUCUUCUUCUUCACGGAGAAGGUCCUGAAGAUGCUCCUGAAGCAGAAGGACCAGCACCACCACGGGCACAGCCACUACGGCCCCGAGGCUCUGCCCUCCAAGAAGGACCAGGAGGAGGGGGUCACGGAGAAGCUGCAGAACGGGGACCUGGACCACAUGAUCCCGCACAUCACCGGCGAGCUGGAGCGCAAGCCCCCCUCCGGGGAUGAGAAGGCUGUGGUGGGCUCCCUCUCUGUCCAGGACCUGCAGGCCUCCCAGAGCGCGUGCUACUGGCUGAAGGAGGUGCGGUAUUCCGACAUCGGGACGCUGGCCUGGAUGAUCACCCUCAGCGACGGCCUCCACAACUUCAUCGACGGGCUGGCCAUCGGCGCCUCCUUCACCGUCUCCGUCUUCCAAGGGAUCAGCACCUCCGUGGCCAUCCUCUGCGAGGAGUUCCCGCACGAGCUGGGGGACUUUGUCAUCCUGCUGAACGCCGGGAUGACCAUCCGCCAGGCUCUUUUCUUCAACUUCAUCUCCGCCUGCUGCUGCUACGUGGGCCUGGCCUUCGGCAUCGUGGCCGGCAGCCACUUCUCUGCCAACUGGAUCUUCGCUCUGGCUGGAGGGAUGUUCCUGUACAUAGCUCUGGCUGACAUGUUCCCCGAGAUGAACGAGGUGAGUCGGGAGGACGAGCAGAACGGCAGCGCCCUGAUCACCUUCGCCAUCCAGAACGCGGGGCUGCUCACAGGCUUCACCAUCAUGGUGCUGCUCACCAUGUACUCUGGCCAGAUCCAGAUUGGGUAGGACCAGCCCGAGCUGCAGCCCUGAUCCAUGUUUUUCCUAUUUUUUUUUUUUUGGG